AUUUUGGCAGUGGAUCACCACUCAGAUAAUAAGGAUCGCUGGAGUGGUACAAACCUAUUUUGGAGGCACCAUGAGUGGUGAACCGCCUUCAGAGGACAAGCUUCUGGAGCUGAAUGUCCAUUCCCAUUUCAUCAUUGGCUCUGUUUCGGAGGAUAACUCUGAGGAUGAGACAGGCUCCUUGGUGAAAAUUGACCUGCUGGAAGACAAAGACCAAUCAAUCUCACCGGUCUCUAUCAGUUCGGACUCUCUUUCAGACCUGGGUUCUUCUAGUGCUCAAGAGGCUCUUCAUAUGAGGCCAAGCAUGUCCGGCCUCCAUCUCAUGAAACAAGGCCGAGAUAGGAAGAAGGUGGAUCUCCAGAGAGAUUUCACAGUUGCAUCUCCAGCAGAAUUUGUCACCCGUUUUGGAGGGAACAAAGUUAUUGAGAAGGUUCUCAUUGCCAAUAAUGGAAUAGCAGCAGUAAAAUGCAUGAGGUCCAUCCGACGUUGGUCUUACGAGAUGUUCCGGAACGAGCGAGCCAUUCGUUUCGUGGUUAUGGUGACGCCUGAAGACUUGAAAGCCAACGCAGAAUAUAUUAAAAUGGCUGAUCAUUAUGUCCCAGUGCCUGGAGGUCCAAAUAAUAACAACUAUGCAAAUGUGGAGCUGAUACUGGAGAUUGCAAAACGGAUUCCAGUACAGGCAGUGUGGGCAGGCUGGGGCCAUGCCUCGGAGAACCCCAAACUUCCAGAACUGCUCCACAAAAAUGGAAUUGCUUUCAUGG